AUGGUUGAAUUCGUCACCAUCAACGGCGCACAGCUAGCCUACCGGUUGGCUGGCCCUGCCAAUGCGCCCUUAAUAGUGACACUGCAUGGCGGUCGGGGCUUUGGCGAUCACAAGUCGGACUUUCACGCAUUUCUGCCGCUAUCCCCAGACUAUCGACUACUAUCAUUUGAUUUUCGCGGCCAUGGUAGAAGCUCUCGGACUGAGCCUUACAGCUUCCGACAACUAGUAGAGGAUAUCGAAGGACUGCGACGACACUUCGUGGGUGGCGAGAAUCCUUGCAUCGUGUGCGGUGGAAGCUUUGGUGGAUUUCUUGCUCAACAAUAUGCCAUUACUUAUCCUUCGCAUGUUUCACACCUCAUACUCCGAGGCACGGCGCCAUCGCAUCAUCACGAAGCAGAAGCGAUUGAAGUCCUAGAGGGCCGCAUGCAUCGCGCACCUGGUCUCUCCACGCGGAUGUUGCGAGACAAAAUUUUUGGCCAGUUUGACAGUGAUCUUGAGUUCCAACUCAUCAUGUAUGCAGCCGCUCCGCUUUACAGCGAGUCCUUCAAUGCAGAUAUCGCCUUAGGUCGCAAUCUAGACACCGUAUUCUACGCCAAGUCACACAAUGAUCUCUAUGCAGAGCCGGAGAAGUUCUUUGACUAUAGAGACGACCUCUCAACUGUGACAGCGAAAACCUUGAUAAUUGUCGGCGAGCGGGACUGGAUUUGCCCACCGGCGCAGUCGCGGGUCAUUGCAUCCCUGAUUCCAAAUGCUCACUUGGAGGUUAUUCAAGAUGCAAAUCAUUCGGUUCAUGUCGAGAAGAAUGCUGAGGUCAUUGGGCACAUUCGAAAGCAUUUGAUGCGGCCUGCAGCGAUCUCGUAA